AUGCAACCCUUCGUUUGUCGCCCUGGUGGCAUCUCAAUGUGGUCUGCUGGGAAGAAAUUCACGCGCGCGUGCUCGGGACAAACGACUCAACUAUUUAAUUGGCAUCGAACAUUCAGUACAACUACGAGCACGGGAACAAGCCCGACUUCCAAAGAACCCGUCAUCUUCUCCGGUAUUCAGCCAACUGGAGUUCCGCAUCUGGGCAACUAUCUUGGAGCACUACGCCAAUGGGUCAAGCUUCAAGACGAAGCGGAGCCUGGCACAAAGCUCCUCUUUUCCAUUGUCGACCUACACGCCUUGACGGUUCCUCAGGAUGCCCACCAAUUGAGGAAAUGGAGGGCGGAAGCAUUCGCAACCCUACUUGCUGUUGGACUUGAUCCGAAGCGCUCGACUAUCUUCUAUCAAUCAGCAGUAAGUACAACGCGGACGGUUACCGAGAACAAUGACAUUGAUCCAUGA